AUGUGGGAAGUACUUGAUGUACCAAAAGAAGAGACACAAGAAAUAACCUCUUGUUUUAUAUCAGCAGGUGGAAAACCAAAAAAGGCAAAAGUUGAUGCAAAAGUUGAUGCAAACAAAAGUAAUGUGGAUGUGUUGAAAAAAAUUGAGGAGUUGGAAAAGAAAGGCGAUGAAGAAGAAAAAUCAGAUGAAGAGAAAGAGAAAAACAAAGAGAAAGACAAGGAGGAUGAAGAAGAAGAAACAGCAGCAGCAGAAGAAGAAUAUGAUGAAGAGGAACAAGAAGAGGAAAAUGACUACAUUGCUUCAUAUUUUGAAGAUGGUGAUGACUUUGGUGCUGACAGUGAUGACAAUAUGGAUGAAGCAACCUAUUAGUUAAUAUGUCCUUCAGCCUUUUAAUAUUUCCGUUUAAAUAGUUUGGAGGUGGGCCAAACAACCUCAACUCUUCAUGCAGCUAAUAAAGUUUGAAGGACUAAGUACGUACAUGGACUAAGUACAUAUGUGCUCAGAAGAUUGGACACUUUGCUUUUAUUAUUUUAUUGUGGUGAAAAAUGGUAGACCAGAUGCAAUAUUCUGCUCUUGCCAAUUAUUUUGCAGACAGAUAUUUAUCACUGUAAAGUACUCUGAAUCUCUCAUAUGAUAUAUGCCAUUGUAUUGCCUCUGCCGUACUGGAAAAGAAUGUAUGUAUUUUGAUUGAAUUGUGCCUACGCGUUUGCACUUUCUUAUGUUCUAUGCAUUACAGGCCACAUCUUGGCCCUAUUGAAAUUUAAUAGAGAAACUCCUAUGGACUUUGUUGAAACCAGGGCUUGAACCUUUUUGAAUACAUGUUGUUCCUGUUUAACAACCGAAUUUCUAAGGAAAUUAUAAACUUUGGUAUUUAGGGGAUUGAACUAACACUAAUCACCGAGCACUUUAAUUAGCAUACUAACUUGAAGGUACUUUGGUGCCAUGGACUAACAAGGUAAAAAUAUAUUUUGAAAGGUUCUCACAUUCUAGUCAAAAAAAAUUUUUCACAUCAGUCAACCAAAAAAGUACAAUUUUUCAAAACAAUUUCUUGCUGAGUGUAAGAAGAGGCAAUGGAUGAGGUUAAAUUGCCUCUUAUGAAUUACUUUGUAUCAAAAGUGAAGUUUGGGGCUUAUUAGAGAACAUGUAACUGAGGUCAAAAUAUGGCAGUGGGAAAUUAGAAAAUUCUAAUUUCUAGUACUGGUUUUCAGAUAGUUUUCCUUUGAUGUUGAACAGGUCAACCUGUCUGCCUUGGUUUCUCCAUUUUUAAGUGAGUAUAAUACUGCCUACCUCAUGAACUGUUGAAUUGGUUUGUAAAAUACUACCUAGGUAAACAUUGUUUAUUAAAUAUAUGUUCCCAAAUAACUAUUACAUGUAAGACUGGAGUCUGAAACAAAAGAAACGUGGAUCAAGAAAACCAUCUAUAAUAGAAGAGAAACAUGAUGAUGGUGAGAACAAUAUCAUGACUUUUAUUAUUUUUGUGUAUUUGAGUAUGAAUGUGUUGAUUUGAUCUGAUCUUUCGAUUACAGUAAUCCUAGGGGUUACUUGUAACAGCAGUAGGUAGAAACAGCCUUUUCAGCUGUGUCUAAUAUUUAUGUGUAGAGAGCAACAUAUGAUAGUAAUAGGUUCCAUUUAAAAAACAUUUAAAAAACAUGUUCUUGUGUGUAUUUUUUACUUUAUGCUUUUUUUUUUUUUUUUCUGGAAUACCCACAGCUACUGUUUUCAAGGAAAAGAUGCUGAAGGAUGCUAAAACAAUACCAAUCGGAGACCUUUUUAUUUUAAUUAAGGUCAUGGCCAUUUAAGAAUUAAUUUCAGAGUAAUAACACAAAUGAAAAAUAGGAAAUGGAUAUUUUUCCCUAGGAUUAUUGAUCUGGACAAUAUAGUACAACUAAAAGUCUUUUAUCUGUACUUUUGUCAUCCCCUAAUGGCACAAACUGGAUCUGUGUUAGCUGAUCAGAUUGGUGCUUUCUUUUCCAUCCAAUGUUAUAAAUGCUGGUAACAUCACCAAUGCUUGGAAACUAUAAAGAUGUUCUUGCCCAAUGAGAAAUUGUUUUUCAGCUUGAAAAACAUUUCCAGUUUUUAGUUUAAAAAAUGGAAUGUAAGCCUUUUAAAGCUUCCUUUCUUGGUGGCUGGGGCAUGUGUGCCAAAUACUUUUCCUUGGUGCUGACUGGAUUCUGAAAUUAUAUUGAAUAAUCUAUAGAACACUUAUGCAAGCACUCAGUGCAAGUAGAACUUAAAGCAUGGCUGCAUUUUUUUCUGAUUUGGUUAAAAUGUUCUCAUUUAAAAAAAUAAAGGUAAUUCUAAAAAAUGAGAAAUAUAAUGCAGGGUGUACAUCAAAUGUAUAUUUAAACUUUAUUCUUAAAUGCUUAAUUGCUAUGCAAGAAAAUAUUGCAAAUCCUUGUAUAAUAAUUUGUUUCUUCAAUAAAUUGUUUUCUGUAUUGCACAGGAAGGAAGCCU